AAGUUUACUCGUAUGUCACAGAGUAGCUACUACAGUCACAUGUAAAGUCAAGGUGAAAUUUACAGUCUUUCGUUUAGCGUUUGCUGUUCUGCUUAUAUCAAGAAUCUUCCAGACAAACCGAGGAUAUGAGCUGAACAUAAAAUGUCAAAGGGACUUAAAGUUAUCAGCGAGUAGCAAGCUAGCUAAUCUCAGAGUUAGCCUGACAGCUAAGUUGGAGAACCAUGUCGGUUUCACCGGAGCAGAAGGAAACCUGCGAGUUUCCCCCGGAUUGGGAGGAUGACGAACGAAUGGCUUUUUUGUUUUCUGCCUUCAAAGAGAACCGAGAGGUCAACACUACAGACUGGGACAGUAAAAUGGACUUCUGGGCGCCCUUGGUCGUAAGCCACUGCAGACAGCGAGGUUCAGUGUGCGUGAACUUACAGGACCUGAACGAAAGUUUUCGGCGGAAGGGCAGUGCCCCUCUGGGUCUCAGCACGGUCAUUCAGAACAUGGCCAGGAGUGGUAAGGUGCAGAAGGAGUCUGAGUUUGCGGCGAACGUGGACUCAGGUUGGCUCUCGUGGGGUGUCGGACUCUUAUUAGUGAAGCCUUUAAAAUGGACCCUGUCAACUCUGCUGGGAAGCGGCCGAGUUCCUUUAGAGGAGUCCUUUGUGGUUAUGGAGCUGGUCAAAGAGAAAGCCGCAGCGCUGAUGGAGGCGUAUCGGAACUCCCCCGUCUCUGACAGGACCCUCCUGUCCUUCCCGGAGCUUCGCUCCCUCUCCUCGCACAUCUGUCCAGACGAGACCACUCUCUGCAUGGCCCUGCUCCAGCUCCAGAGAGACAAACACGUCAAUGUGUCGCUCCACGAAGGAGAAAAGCUCGUGAAGUUCUCCCAGGCAGGACAGGGCCGCGUGUCCCCAGUCACGGAGGUGGAUCUGGGCAUUUACCAGCUACAGUGCAGUGAGAAGCUCCUGGAGGAAAGAGUGGAAGCUUUGGGCCAAGAGGCUCAGAAAUGCAGAGAGCAGGCGAGGUCUUUGCUCAAGGAAGGAAAGAAAUCUCAGGCCCUGAGGUGUUUGCGAGGUAGGAAGCGUGUAGAGAAGAAAGCAGACCGGCUGUAUGCCCAGCUGGAGACAGUGAAAGGGAUUCUGGACAGAAUAGCAAACUCACAGACUGACCGCCUGGUGAUGCAGGCAUACCAGGCAGGCGUGGCGGCCCUGAGGAUCUCUCUAAAGGGCGUUACCGUGGAGAGAGCUGAGAACCUCGUCGAUCAAAUUCAGGAGCUGUGUGACACUCAGGAUGAGAUUAGUCAGGCUGUGGCAGGAGCUGCCCUCGACUCCACUGCAGAAACAGACGAGUUGGAGGAGGAGCUGAAGUCUUUGCUGGAGGAAAACGCUCCGGACGAACCGGCGACAUUACCGGACGUCCCGGCACACCCUGUCUCACCCGCCGUAGAGGCUGACGGACGCGUCGACGACUUCCUGCGCUCUCUGCCCGCCGUACCGCCCUCAAGCUACGGUAUAACGGAUGAAGAGCUGGACAGAGAACUACGUCGCCUGACUCUCUCAGACACAGAAGCUCAACAGAAAGGCCUUUCUAUGCCCGUGAAGAAGCCUGAGCCCGCACAGUAACUGUAACCCUCACUGCAUAGACAGUUUCCAUGGAGUUUCCAUUUCAGAACUGCCUCAACCUACAAAGCAAGCAAUCAGUUAUCAAACACCCUAUAUCUAAUGUGUUUUUAAUGUAGUAUACCUUUAUUCAUGUUUGUAAUGGCAUGUUUGUAAAUGUACUUUUUAAACAGAGUUUUAAGAGUGGCCUUUCGAAGUCUGUGUAAUGUAUAAUUCUAAUAAAAUGAAAUAAC